UGACAUGUGACAUCCGAGUAAACCCCUCCGUAAGACCGUAACAGCUGAAGAUGUUUCUAGUUUCCACAAGCCCCAUCCGUGCACUCCUAGCUUUCUUUUUCUCCAAGCAAUUCAAACCCCACAACCAAAAGCCCCUUAAAUCUCUCCACCUUCAUCACAUAUAUCCUCUCCCAACAUAACUCGAGAUUUGGCUUUAGGUGGCAAAAUGAUGGCGAGUCCACAGGAGUCCUUGCCUUCACCCAAAACCAUUUUAUCGGUGGUGGCAUCACUCACCGCCUCGGCAGUGCUCUUCCGAACCUUCUACAACGAACUAAUUCCCGAUGCGGUUCGAGACUAUUUCGUCUCACGGCUCCAUGAUUUCUCCACCCGUUUCUCCUCCCAACUAAUCAUCGUUAUCGAAGAACUUGAUGGGCUUACUGUCAACCAAAUGUUUGACGCCGCUAAUGUAUACUUGGGUACAAAGCUCUCUUCGUCCUCACGAAGGAUUAAGGUCCACAAGCCACAAAAAGAGAAGGAAUUAGCCGUCACCAUAGACAGGAAUCAAGAAAUAAUUGACAUAUUCCAAGGUGUCAAUUUCAAGUGGGUUUUGGUUUCUUCCCGUAUUGAAAGACCGACUUCAAGUAAGAAUCGCGAUGCUAACGCGCAUGAACGCUCAGAUGUUAGACAUUUCGAACUAAGCUUUCACCAGAAACAUAGGGAAAUGGCAUUGAGAUUCUAUCUUCCACAUAUUCUACGAGAAGCAAAUGCCAUUGGAGAUGAGAAGAAAGCCGUGAAGCUUCAUACAAUAGAUUACAGUGGGACUGAUUACUGGGGUUCAAUCGAUCUCAAUCACCCAGCAACAUUUGACACUAUAGCCAUGAAUCCUGAAACUAAGAAGGCAUUGAUCGAUGAUCUCAAUACGUUUAUUGAGAGGAAAGAGUAUUAUAAAAGAGUAGGAAGGGCUUGGAAACGUGGGUAUUUGUUAUAUGGGCCACCUGGAACAGGGAAAUCAAGCUUGGUUGCGGCCGUGGCUAACUAUCUGAAGUUUGACAUUUAUGAUAUGGAUUUAAGGGAAGUCCAAUGCAAUUCAGAUUUAAGAAGGUUAUUGAUUGGCACUGGAAACCGUUCAAUAUUAGUAAUUGAGGAUAUUGAUUGUUCUAUUGAGCUGCAAGACAGAAGUUCAGAUUCAGAAAAUCAAACCAAAUCUACAGAGGAUGAAAAGAUUACUCUGUCUGGGUUAUUGAACUUCAUUGAUGGCCUAUGGUCAAGCUGUGGAGACGAGCGGAUAGUGAUAUUGACCACAAACCACAUGGAUCGGCUGGAUCCGGCAUUGUUGAGACCUGGGCGUAUGGAUAUGCACCUGCCUAUGUCUUACUGCGAUUUCAGUGGUUUCAAGAUAUUAGCAUAUAAUUACCUCUUAAUUCAGGAACAUCCCCUCUUUGAAAAAAUUGAAGAGUUGUUGAAUAAAGUUGAGGCAACACCUGCUGAAUUAGCUGGUGAGCUGAUGAAGAGUGAUGACGCUGCAAGUUCACUUCAAGGAAUCAUUCAAUUCCUCCAUGAUAAGCAAGAGAAAACUCGACUGCCAGACGUCAGAAUAAACUCCGGAAAAGCUUAGAUUUGCUGUUACUGAUACCCCCCUGAAAUCAACUAGAAAUUUACUUACCAAGAUUUUUGAUACUCGAUUUUCAAUUUGAGAGUAUAUCUCUGCUUUUAUAUCUCCUCAUUUAUUAAUGUUUCUCUUGCCACUCCAAUUUCUGUAGCCGAACGGAGUUAUUUUUGCUGUACAGAUUCAAUCAGAGUUCGUAUUUGUAGCAUGUAAAGCACUGCAUGCGUCUCGGAAAUUGAUUUGUAUUUACUAUCUUAGAUGCAGUUGUGGCUCCUUUGAAUACCUCAUCCUUUUCUACAGCUUCAAGUUGUCGAAGUUCUUCACUCUCGACUUUUGUUUGCCUGUCCCACUCAUGGAAGUUGGAAAACAUCUCCACAUAAUCCGCUACAGGUCAACCAGUUCUAAUCUGUACCAGUCUUUCUCUCUUUUGCUCUUAUAAUUACAGUGGUCUCUUCUAAGUUAUCAUAACAGAGUACUAGUGAAGCGAGAAUCUGACUCGAGUUCUCAAGUUCAAGGAAGAAGAAGGUUCGAUUACAGAAUUGACAAGACGACAGUUAAUACUGCGAUCGACUUCCGGAAGUACAGAAUCUUCAACAUCAUGAACACAGACAUAACCAGGACCUAAAUAUACCGAGACUCCCAGAGAUUUGUACGCAGAUACAACAGAAGGAAGGAAAGACAGAUUCGUACUUACUUCGGUGUAGAAGCUGGCCGUUCAAGUUGAUUUGAAGGAUAAUUGUUCUCAGAUCAAACUCCUCCAUUCUGAUCAAACAAGAACAAUUAGCUUUAUGUCGUACGCUUCAAGAAACGACCAUUGCAAAAAGAAUCAUAGAGACCUUCCGAGAACUGCAUAUCAGGAUCGGAUUUUCUGUAUAAUGGUCGAAACUAAUUUUAUCUUCCGCAUUGCAAUCGUGCAGAUUCAUAGUUAUCGAUAUUUAUACCCAGGAGAGCCAAGCACACGGUUCUUGUUGGCCCUCAUAUUAUGAAUAACAAUGUCUCUUAUCUAAUAUCAUUUCUUUCUCAUA